AGGCCGGGGCAGGUUCUCUGUUCUCCCCUAGUUCUCAGUGAGGAACAGACUUCAUUCCUGAAGACACUGUAUGAGCCCUGCAACCGCUUUUUUGAGGAGGUUAAUGAUCCAAAUUGGAAUGACAAGAAUGAAAAAGUCCAGGCAAAAACCCUACAAGGGCUCAAAGAGCUGAAAAUGUUUGGGUUACAGGUGCCCGAAAACCUAGGAGGCUUGGGGCUCACAGACACCCAGUAUGCACGCAUGGUGGAGAUCCUGGGCUGGCAUGACCUGGCCGUGGGCGUCACUCUUGGGGCCCAUCAGUCCAGCAGCUUUAAGGGGAUCCUGCUGUUUGGAGACAAGCAUCAGAAAGAGAAAUACCUGCCUGACCUGGCCUCUGGGAGGUCUCUGGCGGCUUUCUGCCUGACGGAGCCAACCAGUGGCUCAGAUGCAGCCUCCAUCUGGACCAUGGCUGAGGUCAGCCAGUGUGGGAAAUUCUAUACCCUGAAUGGUAGCAAAAUGUGGAUCAGCAAUGGCGGGGUAGCCGAUGUCUUUACGGUAUUUGCCAAGACAAAAGUGAAAGAUGUGACCACAGGAGAAGAACAUGGAAAAAUCUCAGCCUUCAUUGUAGAAAAAGAAUUUGAGGGCGUGACCAGUGGCCCACCGGAGGAAAAGAUGGGCAUCAAGGCCUCCAGCACCACCUCAGUCUCCUUCGACAAUGUGAAUGUGCCCGCUGAAAACGUACUGGGGGGCUUUGGGAAUGGCUUCAAGGUCACCAUGAAUGUCCUCAACAACAGCCGCUUUGGGACAGUCUCCACCCUGGCAGGCACCAUGCGCAGAGUGAUCGAGAAAGCAGCUAACCAUGCUGCCAAACAGAAACAGUUUGGAAAAGAAAUCCGCAACUAUGGGAUCAUCCAGGACAAGCUGGCCCACAUGGCUAUGUAUCACUGUGUCACCGAGUCAAUGGCUUAUAUGAUCAGUGGGAACAUGGACAUGAAAGUCUCAGAUUUCCAUCUGGAAGCAGCCAUCAGCAAGAUUUUUGCUUCUGAGGCCUCCUGGGAAGUCACCGAUGAGUGCAUUCAGAUCCUUGGAGGAGCUGGCUACAUGAAGAAAGCCGGAGUAGAGUGCAUCAUGAGGGAUCUUCGAAUCUUCCGCAUUCUCGAGGGUACCAAUGACAUCCUCCAGAUAUUCGUAGCUUUGGCAGGUCUGCAGCACGCGGGGGCCCAACUACAGGAGCUUCAACACACCUUGGAAGACCCCUUGAACAAUUCUUCAGUCCUUUUCACUGAACUUGGCCUCAGAGCAAAACGCAUAAUAUGGAUACCAACAGGCAUUUCCCUGGAUGGAGUGGUCAGUGGACACCUGUUGGACACUGCAGGCCUGGUGACCAAAUGUGUGGAUCUACUUUCAGAAGCUGUUGAGCACCUGCUCUUAAAAUUUGGCACCCAAGUGACCCAUCAUCAGUUUCACUUGAAGAGGAUCGCAGAUGCUGCUAUUGACAUCUACGCCAUGGGGGUCGUGCUUUCCAGGGCAACGCAGUCACUGAACCACAACCUCCCUUCAGCCUUACAUGAGAAGCUGCUGUGUGAGUCCUGGUGCUAUAAGGCCUCUGAACGCGUCCGAUGGAAUCUCAAGGCAGUGAAAGCCUCGAGUUGGAAUUGCUACUACCAGAACAUGAAGUCUAUCACUGAUGAAGUUGUGAGGACUGGAGGAGUCUUAUAUCCUCGCCCCAUGGGCUUCUGAGAAGGGAUUUAUCUCCUGAAGUACACCUGAGGCUGGACUCUACCCAAGCACUUAGGGAGAAGCUAGCUAAAUAAUAAGAUUACAGGUUCUUACCUAGGUCAUUGGCUGUGAGAAAUUGAAGCUCAA